UCUCCAGAGGGAUGCAGAGCAUUGCUCCAGGGACCAGCCAGGGGUGAGAACCCAUCUUCUGACACUGCCACAUCGCCAUCUCCUCCGGGCUGGGCAUCUCUUCCCUGCACUGCCCAUCCUCUCCAGGGGCUGACAUCUGCCCAUCUCCUCCUGCAGGAGCUGUGCCACCUCUCAGCUGGGCUGGCUGCCUUCCCUUCUGGACAGGCACAGCGAGGAUGUGGCUGGCUCUGGCUCUGGCAUCCGUGUUCCACGGGAUGGCAUCUGGGGAAUGCAUCUUCAAUUCCCAAUUGCCCAAGAAUCCAGAAGCAAGGAUGAACAUUAGUGAAAUGCUCUCCUUCUGGGGGUACCCCAGCGAGGAGUAUGAUGUGGUGACAGCAGAUGGCUACAUCCUUCAGCUCAACAGAAUUCCUCACGGGAGAGGAAAUCCUGGGUGCCAAGGUGUGAGACCCGUGGCACUGCUGCAGCAUGGUCUCCUGGCAGAAGGCAGCAGCUGGGUCACCAACCUGCCCAACAACAGCCUGGGCUUCAUCCUGGCAGAUGCUGGCUACGAUGUGUGGAUAGGGAACAGCAGAGGGAACACCUGGUCCAGGAGACACCAGGUCCUGACUACUAAACAGGAUGAAUUCUGGGCUUUCAGCUUCGAUGAGAUGGCUAAAUAUGAUCUCCCAGCCGUGAUCAGCUUUAUUGAGCAGAAAACAGGACAGAAACAGCUGUAUUAUAUUGGUCAUUCCCAAGGCACCACGAUAGGUUUUGUAGCCUUUUCCACUAUGCCCCAGCUGGCUCGGAAAAUCAAGGUGUUCUUUGCUCUCUCACCCGUGACCACGGUGAUGUUUUCUCAGAGCCCGAUUAGAAAACUCUCAUUCUUUUCUGACUCUGGGCUUAAGGAGCUGUUUGGCACCAAGGAAUUCCUACCACACACUGCCCUGGGGGAGCUGAUCCUCUCCAGGUUCUGCGUCUGCUCAAAGGUCUGCAAGCACCUCUUGGGCAUGGUUUUCGGGUUUAACUGGAAGAACAUCAACAUGACCCGAUUCGAUGUGUACGUGGGACACACCCCGGCGGGGUCCUCGGUCCAGAACAUAAUCCACUGGCUGCAGGGAGUCCAGGGUGGGGCACUGAGAGCUUUUGACGGGGGGCACGUGUACAACAGCCUUCACUACAGACAGACCGGGGCGCCCUUCUACGACGUGAGGGGCAUGGAGGUGCCCACGGCCGUCUGGAACGCGGGGCAGGACUGCCUGGCUGACCCCCGGGACACCGCCCUCCUCCUCCCCCAGGUCAGGAACCUGGUGCACCACAAGCUGGUUCCCCACUGGAACCACCUGGAUUUCGUGCUGGGCCUCGAUGCCACCGAGGUUUUGUACCGGGAGAUCCUUGACAUCAUGAAGAAGCAUCCCUAAAGAUGCCGGCUGUACUUGAUAAGAUUUUUUUUUUUUUUUUUUGCCCUGAUUUUUCUCUUAAGAUUAGUGCUGUCCUCUAGAGGAUUUUGAAAUUUCUCUCUAUUUGGACCACCUGAAUAUAGUUCAUAAAAAUGUUCUGCUUUUAACUGGAGCAGUGACAGUGUGGGGAGAGGAACCUUCAUGCUAUUCCUGGCUGGCACUGCAUUGCCUCUCUUUUUCCACUUUCCUUCUUAUUCCUUUUUUUUUUUUUUUUUUUGUGUGUGUGUCUUCAUCAGUGACACAAAGCUCAUUGUUGCUGUCUCAGGUCUGGCACUGUAAUGCUUAAAACCAUCAAGGUGGAUGAAAAAGAGAUUCAACAAGUCUGUGGUGAAAAACACCAGAAUUAGGAUCCCAGAACGUUUUGGGUGCGAAGGGGCCUUAAAGCCCAUUCCCCUUCCACUGUCCCAGGCUGCUCCAAGCCCCUUCCAGCCUGGCCUUGGACACUUCCAGGGAUCCAGGGGCAGCCACA